AUGAGUGAUUAAUUAUACUGCGUUGAUGAGAGAUGCAAUCUAUCAGAGAAAUUAAUAACUAAUUGGACCAAUUUCCUUUAGCAUCAAGAAUUAGAACACAAAAUGUUAACGAUUAAUUAAUUUAAAACAUAUUUGAUUGAAAAAAAAUCUACAAAUGCAGCCUAGUAAUAAAAUGAUUAGAGGAAAUUUCAAUGCAUUUCUUUAGCAAAAGAUAAAUUAGAUGUUUUAUUUGAUUCAAUUUAAAGGAGAAUCCAACAACUUGUCAAAUAGGAACUUGAAGAAAUAUUUUAGUAAACUAUAAUUUUAUUUAGAUUGUGUUUAAAAGACUUAGAAUUACAAAUAUAAAAUUGUAUUGUAAACGAUAAUAUUGAAUUGGAUCAUUUUGAAACUUACUUCUAAUUUGAAGGAUAUCAAACUAAAUGUUUGAAUUUUUACAACAAUAAUAUCUAUAAUGAAGUUGAAGACAUAAUUAAUUAAUUUUGUAGAUCAAAGGAUAUUUAGUUUGAACGUAUUUUUGGCUCCCUAACAUAAUCAUUUUCUUAUCAAAAAUAUAUGCUAUAGUAAAUUGAGAAACCCACAACUUAAAAUUAAAAGAAAAUCAAGGAAAAUCAAGUUGACCUACCAACCUCAUUAGGAAAUAAAUAGGGUGGGUAAAUAUAUUAAGAGUAUUAUUAAUAUAAGGAAGAAAAUUCGUAAUCUAAAUCUUUACAUCCCACAACUCUAUAAGGAUAUAAUUAAGUUGAGAAAUCGAAAAUAGACUAUUUUUAGAAUUAGGAAUAUGCUCAAUAAUCUAAAUCUGAAGUUCUCCUUCCUUUAAAAGGAUAUAAAUAAGUAGAGAAAAUUUAAUAAGAUUAUUAUUAAUUUAAUGAAUAUGCUUAAGAAUCUAAACAAGAGCGUCCUAUGAAUUAAUAAGGACUUAAUUAAGUUAAUAAAUCGUAGUAAGAUUAUAUAUAAAAUAAAAAUUCCUAUGAAUAGACGUCAGAAAAUCUCCCUCCUUUAAAAGGGUAUAAAUAAAUUGAAUAAACGCAAAAUGAGUAUUUUUCGUAUAAGGAAUAUCAAUAAGAGGCUAAAUCAUAGCCUCUCAAUUAAUUCUAAGGAUUCAAUUAAGCGGAGAAAAUACAAUAAAAUUAUUAUUAAAGCAAGGAAAUUUCUCAAGAAUCCAAACCUGAAUCAAAAUUAAUAAAGAACCAAGUCAUAAUUUCUGAAGUAAAACCUCAAGCUAAUGAUUAAAAGCCAAAAAAAAAAUUGAAAUUAAGCUAGCCUCAACAUAUAUAAAUCAAAAAUUUAGAUAGUGAAAAAGUAGCCUAAUUACCACAAUUCAAUGAAAUUAAUGGAAAGUAGGUAUUAUUUUCAGUCUAAUUUAUGAAUGGAUAAGUAGAAUUAUUAGAUAAUUUCAAAACUGCCAAAUCAAAAUCUGGAUUUAUUUUAUUUGAUGGUUUCUUUAAGAAAACUACAAAUUUUAAAGUAGAGAUACUCAUUUAAGAAUAUGAUAAAUAAUCAGUAUUAAUCACUUAUAAAAUUAUAGGAGAUAGAAAUAGGUUUAAUUGAUUGGAAUAAGUUUAAACUACCAAGAGAAAUAGGAAAACCUCAAAAAGGAGUCCAUAGUCUAAAUAGUCAAGGAAGUAAAUUUAAAUUCUUAAUAUAAGUUGCUUUUAAAGAUGGAAAAUAAAAAAACAAGCAAAAAUAUCUUAAUGUUUUUAAACAUAAAGCAAGUCUGAAAAUAAUCAUAGGCAAUAAUAACUUAGAAAUUGGUAUUGGAAUGAUGAAGGUAAAAAAUUUUACUAUAAUAUAGGUUGGAUUCCAACUUUCUGAAUUGAAUGGGAAUCUAUCACUAUUUGCAUGCUUAGUAAACGCAUAAAUUAAAAUAUUCCCUUGA